CAAGCUAUAAAUUCAUUUAAAGGAAGACGUGGGUUGUUUUUGUGUUUUUUGUUUAAGAUUUAAAAUAAAAAAAUUACAUUUUGUGCCAUUUUUUAUUACCUAUAGUGGCAAUUUUUUUAUAUAGGGUGUUUAACUGUUUUAAAUAUUAAUUAUCAAUUAAAUUAUCUAAACGUUCAGAAUGAAAAUUCAAAUUUAUCUUCUUGCUGCAUUUCUAUUAGGUGCUUCUUGCGCGCCUUUACCUGAAGAAGCCACUGCUGCUGAUACAAUAAAAAAAGAAGAACAAAAACUAGCAGAACCGCUUCCGAUAGAAGAAUCGAAUAAAAAGGAAAUUAAAAAUGGUGAACAAGAAAAAAAAUCUAUUGAUGAACCUAAACCUGAAAUAAGAAAUAUUCCCGAAGUUCAAGUGCAAAAUGUUGAAGAAAAAAAUGUUGAAAAGAGUGCUGAACCUGAAGAAAAAAUACAAGCAAAAUUUCAUGAUGAAAAAAUUGAAGAACCAAAAGCACUACCAGUAGAAGAGAAAAAAAUUAGCGAAGAAAUUAAAAUAGAAGAACCAAAGGCAUUACCUGUAGAAGAAAAAAAAUCUGCAAUUGAAAUUUCUGAAGCAAAAUCAUCACCUAAUAUUGAAAGUGCAAAAUCAUUACAAGAAGAAAAAAAAGUAGUUCCAGAAGAGAAAUCAUUAGAAGCUGUUGCAGCACCAGAAGAAAUUGAAAAACGUAAAAGUCCAGCUGAAAAUGUUCAAAUCAUUGAAUCAAAAUCCGUAUCUCUGGAGGAAGCAUCAAAAAAUGAAUUAGAUUCGAAUGACAAAAAAUUAGAAGAGAAAAAAGAUGAAAAAUUAGAAAAAAAAGAACAGAUGAAAGAUGAUAAACCAACAUUAUUAGAAAGUGAUAAAGAAAGUAAACGAGAAGAGAAAAAUGUUGGAGAAGAAGAUAAGGCCAAAGAAGAUGCUGCAAGUAAAUCAAUUGAAGAAAAAUCAAAUGAAAGUGCCGAAACACCUGCAGCAGCAGCAGCUAGCAGCCAAUCGAAAAAAGAAAGUGCGGAAUCUGAUGAAAGCAAAGAAUAAUUUUAUUCUUUAAGGAAUUAGAAUUUUAAUUAAUAUUUUUGUACUUUUAAGUGAAUUCCAAUAUAAUCACAUGCAAAUGUGUUUAUUUUUUAUUUUUAAAAUGUUUUAAAAUAAGUAGAAAGUAUUAUGUUUUUUUUUCUUUUUUUUUUUUUUUGCAAUUUUCAACCUGAAUUUUUUUUUUUUAGUAAUUAUAAGCAUUUAUAAGUAAAACAUCAUUAUUACUUUACGUGAAAUAUGUUGCCUAUAAAAGCCAACUUCUAAAUUAUAGUAUUCAGCAUUUUGUAUCGUAAGUAAAACUUAUAUAAAAAAAAUUUAUAA